AGACCAGCUCCCCACCAACUCGCGAGCUAAUCAUUUCGACCCCGCCAGAUACCUUACUUAGACAUUGAGAUACCCGUCCGUUGCUACGGACAAAUUUCAGCAUUUGCGGCGUCGUCUGGACAAAAUUCAUUCGCCUUACAUUCGACCAGGCCGCGCGCGCCACCUAUUACCGUCCCCUGACCGCCGCGGGAGUCGCCGCCCGACCGCUUCUACCACGAAUAUUCCCCCUCUUUCUGCGAUUAUCGGGAACGUGCGAAAGGCCUCGGGUUUCCGACACGACGGCUUACUGUCAGCAUCCCACCGCCGGCGCCGUGGCAGAAACCCCAUUGAUUGCCGCCCAACAUGUUUUGGAGAUUUGGCGGCUACGCCAAUGUCUCCACCAUCGAUACCAUCCUCGAGCGGGACAACUUCCAGCUUGAGGAACUCCUCGACGAGAGCGACCUGGUGCAGGAACUGAAGCAACACAACGCAAGGCUUGUCGAGUACCUUCGGGACCCCGAGGUGCUCGAGAAACUGCUCAACUAUGUCGUCGCACCCAAGCUCGAGCCAGUCGCCUCGCCCGACGACGACGAGGAAGAUGAAGACGAGAAAGGAAAGGCUACUUUGCGGGCCUCUACCGCAUCCCAGACCUCCUCAAGAGCGGAUGACACCAGCCCAGAGGACAGCGAGAAGAAGCGUAACCGCUACGCCUUCGUUUCCACCGAGAUUUUGUCGUCCGAGACUUGGUCAAUGUACGACGCGCUCAUGGAGAGCAAACCGCUUCUCCGGAACUUUUGGCAGUUUUUGAAGCGCCAAACCCCGCUCGAUCCCCUUCAAGCGAGCUAUUUCACCAAGGUCAACGAGUCACUCUUCGACAAGAAGACGGAGGAAAUGCUGGAGCUGCUCAAGUCCAUGGAGGACGCCGUGUCAGACAUCUUGAGACAUGUGGAUUGUCCUAUGAUCAUGGAUCUCUUGCUCAAGAUCAUAAGCCUUGAACGCACCGAGAGCGGACAAGGUAUCGUUGAGUGGCUCUACACGCAAAAUGUUAUGUCAUCCCUCAUUUCUUUUCUCGGAUCGGACCACAGCUGGGCCACCCAGACAUCCGCGGCGGAUUUUAUCAAGGCAAUCAUCACCGUUUCCGCCAACGCUUCGCAAAACGAACAAACGUGUAUCGGGCCAAACGAACUCACCCGCCAACUGGUGUCAGAACCCUGUGUCGAGCAGCUCGUCCAGUACAUGCUCAGUGGAGGCAACGCCCUAACCUGCGGCGUUGGCAUUAUCAUCGAGGUCAUCAGGAAGAACAAUUCCGAUUAUGAUCCGGAAGGGGUGGACAUCAAUGCAGCCCCGUCGAGUCGAGACCCCAUCUAUCUUGGGACGCUCCUGCGUCUAUUUGCCCAGCAUGUCCCCGAUUUCAUGAACCUUAUUCUCAAUGUGCCGGUUCAGAAGCAGCGCCUUUCUUCCACCUUCAAGGACAAGAUUGAGCCCUUGGGAUUUGACCGUUUCAAGACGUGCGAGCUUAUGGCGGAGCUUUUGCAUUGCAGUAAUAUGAUGCUGCUCAACGAAAACGGUGCCGAGGAUUUGAUCGCCGCCCGCGACGAGCAGCGGCAGCGACUUAGGGCCGAAGGGCAUUUACUGCCGGCCAGCGGCAAUGAGCCCACGUCAGCUGAAGACCUCUCCAUGAGGGCCUCGCAACUAUCCGCCCCCGACUUAGGCCGCAAACUUGAGGUUAUGAACGUCUCUGCGGAUGAUGACGGCUUCGAAGAAGUGUCACAUACCGCGGACGAGGAAAGCACGCACGGAGUUCUGGAGCUUCCGGAUGCGCCCACGCACCCCCCUGGGUCGUCUUCUCUCGACAAGGACGAGGAUGACUUUGUCGACGAGCCUCUCAGCUCGCCCGAACCGGCCGUGCCUGGACCAGAAGGCGGGGCGGCGAAGGAACCACCGGCGUUCGAAGAUGCCGACUUGGUUGUUGCGCCUCUCUCACCUAGCAAGAAGAUCGUGCCAACGGCAGAGGGUACCGAGACCACAAAGGAGACGCCUGGCGAAACCCCUACCCCGGAAAUAGGGGCCCCGCAACCGAAGCCGGAGGAGACACCAGCGGAGACCAAGAACGUCGAUACACGCGAGACCGAGCAAGCAGACGUCGUAACUGAUGCUUCGACUGUUUCGGCGGCGGAAAAACCAAAGACGGAGAUCGCAACUGCGGAAGUUGAGGCCAAGGUUCCAACCCUCAUGUCCCCGCAUCCAGAUGACACACCUGCUCCCUUGUUCUCGAAAGAGAGCCCCACAGAGCCGUCAAAGAAGUCGUCGCCGUCCGCCGAAGAAAGAGCUGACUCGCCAAUGACCGAUGCCCCAGCGCUGACACCCGCUCCGGUGCAGGAAACUGCGGAAGCGGAGACCCCUGCCCAACCGCCAGCGCAGGGCACUGGCGACGCGCCCAUCGCUACCGCUGAAACAACAAAACCCACUACUGACGCCAACGCCCCGGCCCAGGCCAGACCUGUUGUCGGAGACUAUCUAAAGAUGCAGUUUGUCGAGCACCGUGUUGUCCCGACCAUCCUCGGUUUCUUUUUCCGGUACCCGUGGAACAACUUCCUUCAUAACGUGGUGUAUGAUAUCGUCCAGCAGGUGUUCAACGGACCCAUGGAUAGGGGUUACAACCCGACCCUCGCCAUCAGCCUCUUCGAGGCCGCCGACAUCACAAACCAGAUCAUCAACGGUCAGCUCGCCAGCGAAAAGUCCCAGGCGGAGAACAAGACGCGCAUGGGAUACAUGGGCCACCUGACCCUCAUUGCGGAAGAAGUUGUGAAGUUUACCGAACGCCACUCCCCCGAGCUUCUAAGCGAGGUCGUGCUGGAGAAGGUGAUGGCCCAAGACUGGGUCAACUACGUUGAGGGCGCUCUGGCAGAGACUCGCGAGCGCGACAACGCAAUCCUUGGCGGCGUACGCCCAGAGGUAGCUAUGAGCCGCGCCAGUGGGCAGGGUCUAAUGGGCGCAGGGUUUUCCGGCUUGAAUUCGAUCGGCCUCGGUGCCGGAGCGUCCAAUGCUCUCGCAGACGCCGGGCUGAACGGGGGCCCAGACGUUGCCGAGAACUCCGGCGGCGGCGGGAUCGGCCCGUUCGCUAUCAGCGCGGGGACUCUUAUGAGCGGAUUCGGCAGCUCCAGUGACGAAGACGAAGACGAGGAACAGGACACCGAGGAGGAUGUAAACAACGAGUUCCGAGCCUACACCGACCCCCUAAACGCCAACAGUAACACCAUGAACCCUCCAUCAAUUCCGCCUCCUCCCCCCCCGCCGCCCCCUCUCAACGUUCCCCCUUCGCGAGCCCGCCUCCAACUUGCCGCCCGGCUAGCGAUGAACAAGCGCAACGCCGCGGCCGCCACUGCUUCCAACGGCGAGCAAGAAGACAGCUCUCCUCCAACGGUCGAAGACGCUCCGAGCUCCGGCGUCUUCAGCCCCCCAACCACGACAACAGGUGAACGCAUGCGGAACCCGUUUGCCGACUACGAUGACGAUGACGAAGAGAACUCCGGCAGCGGCAGCGACGACGGCGAAGUCGAGACCGUAGAAGGCGGUGGCAGCCUGGGGAUGGAGAGCAACACAUCCUGGGACCGCGGGUCGUGGUGGCGCGGCGUCGUUCGUGGUGCCAGGCGGGGCGGGAGCGGGAGAUUGAGUCGGGAUAGUGGCGGUGGUGACGCCCGGAACGCCGAUACGGAACGGUUCGGCGACGGGAGGGACGACGACAGCAGCGACGAAGAGGGCGGGCGGCGCUUGGCCGAAGUGGAUGAUGUCGAGGACGAGGAGUUUGGCGACUUUGCCAUGCCCGAGGUGGAAGACCGCGCCACCGUGUCGGGCAUCGAUCCCGCCCGGGAAAGCAUCCUCGUCAAGCCCAUGGCCCUGCACCCCACCACCACGACCCUCAAGAGCAGCACCAUCAGCCCGUUCAGCAGUCUGUGGCCCUUCUCGCGGGAGAAGAAGGAGGGUGAGCUGGCGGCCGCGCAAGCGGGCGGGUCAAAUACCACCGGCACGCCAACGGGCGGCAUGCCGGCGGAAGGGAUCACGGAGGAGCCGGUGGAGCUGACGCGGGAGGAGGAGGCCAUGAUCAGCGAGGACGGCAAGAAGAUCGACCGCGCCGUGGAGGCUACCCGGCGGACGAGCAUCGAGGACCCGGACGACGACGAGGUCGAUGUCGGGGAGGAGAUCAUUGUGCGCCGGGCGGCGGGGGUCCGCUAGAAGAGGGCUGCUGCUGCUUCGUGGGGCGUGGAGUGAUGGGUGAUGGUGGGGGGUUGCGGUGUGGUGUGGUAGGGCAUGGCAUGUGGGAUGAUGAGCGAUGGGUUAUGGAGUCGGAUUUAGAGGGGGGUUGUUGUUAUGUCUGGGUGGGUGGGCUUGGAG